AUGGAGAUUGAGAAUGAGAGGGUGGCUAAACGAAUCAACAAACUUGAAGAUGACUUGGAGAAACUAAAAAGAGGUGUAUUUAAUGUUUUUGAAGCUGCAAGAUGCCAGUUAAGGGGUGUCAUUGAAGAUGUUGAAAAAGAACCACUGGAAGAAUCACUUGGAAAAGUGGUGGGGAAACCUAUGAAAAAACAUGGAACACCAGUGAAAAAAGAUGCAACACCUUUAAAAGAAGAAAUAGAAAGUAGUAAGAAAGAAAAUGGGACAGGAAACAUGGUUGAUAAGGAAGAAGGGAAUGGAACAUGA